GGCCGGCGGCCGCUGCCCUGCGCGCGGGGUGUCAUGGCGGCGGCCGGGGCCGACGCGGGAGCUGAGGCGCUCGCCGCCUCCGUCCAGGACUUCGUGGCUGGGAAGCGGGACGGCAGCGCCGCGGAGGUGGCGGCAGGGCUGAAAGAUGGAAGCUGGACUGUACUGCAGCUUGUUGAAGCUCUGGGGUCAUGCCUGGAGAACACAGAUCCUCGGACACGAGGGCGAGGCAUCCAGCUGCUGUCACAGGUCCUGCUCCAGUGCUACUCCCUGCUCCAGGAGAAGGAAGUGCUCCAUCUGGUCCUGUUCUAUGAGAACCGGCUGCAAGAUCAUCACCUUGUGAUCCCCUCGGUGCUCCAAGGCCUCCGAGCGCUGAGCAUGUGUGAGGUGCUGUCCCCAGGGCUAGCGGUGUCUGUCCUCAAAGCCAUCUUCCAGGAGGUGCAUGUGCAGUCCCUGCUGCAGCUGGACCGACACACAGUAUACAGCAUCAUCACCAACUUCAUGGGCAGUCGAGAGGAAGAGCUGAAAGGCCUCGGUGCCGACUUCACCUUCGGCUUCAUCCAGGUGAUGGAUGGGGAGAAGGAUCCCCGGAACCUGCUGGUGGCCUUCCAGAUUGUGCGUGACCUCAUUGCCAAGGACUAUGCCCUGGGUCCCUUUGUGGAGGAACUGUUUGAAGUGACAUCGUGUUACUUCCCCAUUGAUUUUACUCCCCCCCCCAAUGACCCUCAUGGCAUCCAGAGAGAAGACCUGAUCCUGAGCCUCCGGGCUGUACUGGCCUCCACACCCCAGUUUGCUGAGUUCCUCCUUCCUCUGCUCAUCGAGAAGAUGGACUCGGAGCUGCAAAGUGCCAAGCUUGAUUCCCUACAGACUCUGACUGCCUGUUGUGCCAGCUAUGGGCAGAAGGAGCUGCAGGAAUUUCUCCCCAGCCUCUGGUCAUCUCUGCGCAGGGAGGUGUUCCAGACGGCGAGUGAGAAGGUGGAGGCCGAGUGCCUGGCUGCCCUACAUGCCCUCUCUGCCUGUCUCUCCCGCUCCGUGCUCAGCCCCGACUCAGAGGACCUGCUGGACUCCUUCCUCAGCAGCAUCCUGCAAGACUGCAGGCACCACCUGUGUGAGCCCGACAUGAAGCUGGUGUGGCCGAGCGCCAAAGUGCUGCAGGCGGCAGCGGGGGCCUCCCUCCGCGCCUACCACUGCCUCACCCGCAGCGUCCUGCCCCUGCUCCUGGAGCAGUACACCAAGCACCUGCAGAGCAGCCAGAGGAGGACAAUCUUGGAAAUGCUGCUGGGCUUCCUCGAGUUGCAGCAGAAGUGGGGACAUGUGGAAGAAGACGAGAGCACUCUGCUGUCACUCCGAGCACCAGUUUGCUCUGUGGUGUUCUCAGCGUUGACGGAUUCCAGUGUGCAGCUGCAGCUGGUUGGGAUCAGGGCACUGACUGUCCUGGGCUCCCUGCAAGGUUUCUUGAUUCCCUCCGACCUGGAGCUGGUUGUGGAUCACCUCAUCCAUCUCGCUCUACGUGAGGAGGAUUCCCAGAGCAGCGAAGCAGCGAUGGAGGCAGCUGGAUCUCUGGCCCUCAUCUACCCGAAGGUUUUCUGUGGACUCAUGGUACCCAGGCUUGAAGAGGAGCUGCAGUCAGCACGGCAGGAGGAGAGCUCCCCCGAGCACCGCUCCCUGCGGCAGCGCUGCCUGCAGGCGCUGGCAGCCGUGUCCACCCACACCAGCAUCGUGAGGGAGACAGUCCCAGUCCUGCUGCAGCAUCUGCGCAAGGUGCAGAAAGGGAGUGAGGCUGGGAGUGCCCGAGAGAUGGUGUCAGUGUGCCAGAGCCUGCACUGUGUGGCCCUGCAGUGCCAGCAGGACAUGGAGGGCUACUGGUACUACCACCAGACUGUGGUACCCUGCCUGCUGGCCAUGGCCCUGCAGGCUGCCAUGCAAGAGAGCACCCACUCACUACUGGGCAAAGCACUGCUGGAGGAGGAGGUGCUGGCUGCUAUGGUCCCUGUCAUCAGCGCUGCCACCACUCACCUGAGCCCUGAGCUGGCUGCCCAGAGUGUGUCCCAUGUGGUGCCUCUCUUCCUGGAUGGAGAGGUCUCUUUCCUGCCCCAGAACAGUUUUCCCUGCUCCUUCCAGCCCUUCCAGGAUGGGGAGUCCUUGGAGGCACAGAGACGGCUGGUUGUCCUCCUCAUGGCCUUCAUCUGCUCCUUGCCCCGCAAUGUGGCAAUUCCUCAGCAGGAACGUCUGCUCCGGGAGCUGUUGGCGCUGAGCUGCUCCUGCAACUGCCCCUUCACAGCCACCACGGCCGCCAAGUGCUUCGCGGGGCUGGUGAACAAGCACCCGGCGGGUCAGCAGCUGGAUGAGAUCCUGCAGCUUGCAGUGAACAGGCUGGAGCCUGGGCUGGCAGAGGGUCCCCGCCGGAGGCAGGCACUCACACUGCUGCUGUGGGUGACCAAAGCCCUGGUGCUGCGCUACCACCCCCUGAGCUCCCUCCUGACGGACAAGGUGCUGGGGCUGCUGGGUGAUGCGGAGCUGGGCCCUGCUGCAGCUGAUGGCUUCUCCCUGCUCAUGGCUGAGGCCCCCGACGUGCUGCACAAGGGCUGCCACGCCGACCUGCGCAUCAUGUUCCGCCAGCGCUUCUUCACCGACAACGUCCCCAAGCUGGUGCAGGGCUUCCACGGGGCUGGCCCCGAGGUGAAGGCCAAUUACCUGAAGGGCCUGUCCCACGUCCUCAACCACCUCCCCAAGCCUGUGCUGGUGACAGAGCUGCCCACGUUGCUUUCCCUCCUGCUCGAGGCCUUGUCCUGCUCAGACCGUGUGGUGCAGCUCUCCACCCUAAGCUGCCUCCAGCCGCUGCUGCUCGAAGCCCCCCAGAUCAUGAGCCUGCACGUUGACACACUGGUCACCAAGUUCCUCAGCCUCACCUCCAGCCCCGCCAUGGCUGUCCGCAUCGCUGCCCUGCGCUGUGCCCACGCGCUCACCAGCCUGCCCACAGUAGUGCUGCUCCCAUACAAGGCCCGAGUUAUCCGGGCACUGGCCAAGCCCCUGGACGACAAGAAGCGGCUGGUGCGGAAGGAGGCGGUGGCAGCGCGGGGGGAAUGGUUCCUGCUGGGGAGCCCGGGCAGGUGAGCGCCCUGCGACCCUCCCUGUGCUGACUGACCAUUGCACCGGGCCCUGCUCACCCGCUGAGCCCCCCACCACCGGCACAGGCCCAGGGAGCCCGGCACGGAA